AUGAGCGGCCUUUACGAUGCCAUAGUGAUACCGCUUGUCUGCAUAAGUGGGUUAUGGAUCCCAAUCACGCUGUUGUGCUGCAUUCCGUGGGUGCAGAAGCAGAUGCUGUAUCUGCACUGGGUGACGAUGUGGCCUGGGAAAUGGCUUAAAGAGCCUGAGAGAGCUGGUUACUUGAAGAACCAGGUUUCGCCAUUUUGGAUAUCGGCUGUAGAUGGUGAACGGCUGUUCGCAUGGCUCGUCGCUCCGUUGGGUGUCUAUUCGAAACAUGCAGAUGGAUUCAUUCAAGAACCGUCUGGAUCUGAUAUAGAUAUCGAGGAGAGACUAGCUUUUAGACUCCUCCGGGACGACCCGGAAGCACGGCUUCUAAUCUAUUUCCAUGGAAACUCAGCCACCAUAGCGCAAGGGCGUAGGACGGAGGAGUAUCGGAUGUAUUCCUCUGGCGCAUCCGACAAGAUCUUCGUCCUUGCCUUUGAUUAUCGCGGUUUCGGAAUCUCGAAAGGAACGCCGUCUGAAUCCGGACUUCUUGGUGAUGCUGAAGCAGUGGUAGAAUGGGCGUUGAAGGUAGCUUGUAUACCUCCCAACAGGAUAGUCCUACUUGGGCACUCACUCGGCACCGCCGUCGCGUCUGGUAUUGUGCAUCGCUACAGUGGGCUCGACUCACCUGUGCAAUUUGCCGGACUGAUACUUUGCGCUGCGUUUACGGAUUCGGGCAAUGCGUUCUCAUCGUAUUCCAUUGCUGAUGUCAUCCCGGUCCUUGCGCCUGUGAAGAUGAUUCCGGCGUUGCAGAGAUGGUUCAAUCAUCGUAUGAGAGAUACUUGGAAGACCAAGGAGAGGCUCGUGAUGCUUGUACAGCAGCUUUCUGCCUUUAAUUUGAUUCUCGUGCACGCAGUCGAUGACGGAACCAUGCCCUAUAGUCACACCGAAGAACUCUUCAAAGCUACAACACGCGCCGUGGCAGACGACAACCCUUCCGACCAGGAAAUCGACAAACGACUUAAAAUUAUAGAUCUAGGCGAAGCGGGCCGUCAAGAAGUUUGGAAGUCUUCUGGAAUAAGUAUCAGCAAACUGAUCGCAAAGCAUGGCGGCCACAAUACAACGAUGAAAUGGGGACCCAUCUCCCUCGCAGUUCUUGAAUGUUUUAAUCUCGCAAAUUUACAUGCGCAGUGA